AUGGGUUUGUGUGCUAGCACAGAGUCCACAGGGGACGCGGAGCAGAAGAAGAAGAGCCAAAUGAUCGAUCGGAGAUUGGAAGAGGACUCCAAGCGAUUACGGAAGGAAUGCAAAAUAUUACUACUUGGGUCAGGAGAAAGCGGCAAGUCUACGAUUGUCAAACAAAUGAAAAUCAUCCACCAAAAUGGCUACACACAGGAAGAGCUCGCUUUAUAUCGUCUGACGGUGUACAAGAAUCUUUUGGAUUGCGCAAAAGCGCUCAUAGGAGCUUACCACCAAUUCUCCCUUGAACCCUCCAGCACCAAGGUAAAAGACUUUGUCGAGUUUCUUCUAGAAUACAACAUCGACCCGGAUCCAAACACCCCGCUCGAUUCCAAGGUGGGAGACGCCAUCACGUACAUCUGGAAUGACCCGUGUACGUCCACCGUGCUGGAACAUCAGAAUGAAUUCUACUUGAUGGACUCCGCACCAUAUUUCUUCGAGGAAGCAAAACGAAUAUCAUCUCCAGAUUACAUACCUAAUGUGUCGGAUGUUCUCCGCGCACGAACAAAGACGACGGGUAUCUAUGAAACGCGAUUUACAAUGGGCCAAUUGAGCAUACACAUGUUUGAUGUGGGCGGCCAGCGCAGCGAGCGAAAGAAGUGGAUCCAUUGCUUCGAGAACGUAACGUCCAUUAUAUUCUGUGUGGCUUUGAGUGAAUACGAUCAAGUACUGCUAGAAGAGAGCAAUCAGCUGACUCCUCUGGAGAAUCGAAUGAUGGAGAGUCUUGUCCUUUUCGACUCGGUCGUCAACUCGAGGUGGUUUAUGCGAACAAGUAUCAUCCUAUUCCUGAAUAAGGUGGAUCUUUUCCGGCAAAAACUUCCUCGCUCGCCUUUAAGCAAUUACUUUCCCGACUACUCUGGCGGCAACGAUGUAAACCGAGCGGCCAAGUAUCUCCUUUGGAGGUUUAAUCAAGUCAAUCGGGCGCAUCUGAAUCUAUACCCUCAUUUAACACAAGCAACCGACACGACAAAUAUCCGUCUAGUUUUUGCAGCUGUGAAAGAGACCAUCCUGCAGAACGCCCUCAAAGAUUCGGGUAUUUUGUAA